UGAGGGGGCCGGGGGGUGGAGGAAGCGGAAAGCCGCCGAGUCGCCGGGGACCUCCGGGGUGAACCAUGUUGAGUCCUGCCAACGGGGAGCAGAUCCACCUGGUGAACUAUGUGGAGGACUACCUGGACUCCAUCGAGUCACUGCCUUUCGACCUGCAGAGGAACGUCUCGCUGAUGCGGGAGAUCGACGCCAAAUACCAAGAGAUCCUGAAGGAAUUGGAUGACUACUAUGAGAAGUUCAAGCGUGAGACGGACGGCACCCAGAAGAGGCGGGUGCUGCACUGCAUCCAGAGGGCCCUGAUCCGCAGCCAGGAGCUGGGCGAUGAGAAGAUCCAGAUUGUGAGUCAGAUGGUGGAGCUGGUGGAGAACCGCACCAGGCAGGUGGACAGCCAUGGGGAGCUCUUCGAGGCACACCAGGAUAUCAGCGACAGCACCGGCGGCGGCGGCAAGGCCGGCCAGGACAAGUCCAAGAGUGAAGCAGUCACUCAGGCGGACAGGCCGAAUAACAAACGGUCCAGGAGGCAACGGAACAAUGAGAAUCGAGAGAACGCAUCCAAUAAUCACGACCACGACGACAUCACCUCAGGAACGCCCAAGGAGAAGAAAGCAAAAACCUCAAAGAAGAAGAAACGCUCCAAGGCCAAAGCAGAGAGGGAAGCCUCUCCCGCAGACCUCCCCAUCGACCCCAACGAGCCCACGUACUGUCUGUGCAAUCAGGUCUCCUAUGGAGAGAUGAUCGGCUGUGACAACGAUGAGUGCCCCAUCGAGUGGUUCCAUUUUUCUUGUGUGGGACUCAACCAUAAACCAAAGGGCAAGUGGUACUGCCCCAAAUGUCGGGGGGAGAACGAGAGAACAAUGGACAAAGCCCUGGAGAAGUCCAAGAAAGAGAGGGCGCACAACAGGUAGUGCGGACAUCCCCAGUGCGGACAGACCCGCCGGGGCAUUUGUGGUGUCGCUCGCUGCCUUUAGCAAGUCCAAGGAUGGUCACAUGUGUGUUUUUAGAGAGUGUUAGGAACGGAUCCUCUCCUUGGGAUGCCGGAAACAGCCUGUGUCGUCAUGGUGUACCUGUAACCAGACUGAGUCUGCAGAUCAGCAUUUUAGAAACUACAAAUAUAGGUUCGGAUUAAACGUGUCAGCAAGUGUCAGACUGGUUUUUGGGGUUGGGGAAUGACUUGGAAGUAACCUAACAAAUGUAUAAAGAAAUUUAAUUUGGCUGUUUUAACAAAAGUGUUACGGUUUGCAAAAAAAAAAAAAAUUAGCCAGGUUGCUGAAGUAUAGCAAGUGUGCUUCUUGCUACCAUAAUGUAAAUCCACAUGGCAAGUUGGUCAAAGGUUUAAAGUCUAAAUAUUAUUUUUUAAAAAGGUAAAUGGGUAAAUUUUACAUGACAUAUUUUAUAUAUGGCCUAUUCCCCAACUGGCCAUUUUUAAUGACUGGGUACAUUUCUAGUAGGUCAGACACAAGUGGUCCAGGCUGUGGGUCCAAGUCUCGCCUUUGCUACCCUAGGUCAUAGUGUAGCCACCUUUAACUUAUAUGACGUGUAUAAAUGUACAUUUCCAGCCACCUUCCCCUGCUGUAUUAUAACCGGAAGUGCAGCCUGGUGCUGUUGUGAAGCCAAGGUGAGCGUCCUGCUGUGUGUGUGAGCUGUAUAGAUGUCACGUCCAGAAAUAAAUGAAACUUGGCCAGUU